CGUAUUCAUUCUAUGAACAUUUUAAUGACACACAUUUUAAUGUUUGUAUUUAUUCCUGAGCUUGUUGCAGGGGCCCUGUCUCAUUGUGAGGCCAGCCAACAAGUAGGCAAAGUAAGGCAGUGUCCUUAUUAAUUUGUUCGGGGGGAAUUAGCACCUAUUCGUGCCCCAGUGCGUCAUUAUAUUUAUUAGUUCUAAGACAUGUAGGCGUAGUACCAGCUCCAUGUUGGGGCAGCACAGCUCGUAUUCUUGUCGGGCUUUUGUGUGGAUGGAUGAAGGCUGCACAGGGGGGAGGAGGAGGUGAGGACGAACCGAGCAGAAGAGCGACCACUGGCUCAUUGGCUGGCUGGUGCCAAUAGCCUCCUGCAGCCCGUGUGUUAUCACAAAGUCUGCGUUCCUGCUCGAAAACCCAGCGGCACCGCAGCCCCGGAGCUACCGAGAGGACGGUAGCAUGAUAGUCGUGGAGGGGACUCGGCAGGUAGAGGGCCCGUGUCUGCUUUUCACUGCGCCUACACCGAAUUCACUGAGUCGGUAGCCGCCAGCGUCCCGACAUGGGGAAGGAGGUAAAUGGUGUUUCCCGGAGCCGGUUUGAGAUGUUCACAAACAGUGACGAGGCAGUCAUCAAUAAGAAGCUGCCCAAGGAGCUGUUGCUGCGAAUCUUCUCCUUUCUGGAUGUGGUGACACUCUGUCGCUGUGCCCAGGUCUCACGGUCCUGGAACGUUCUGGCCUUGGACGGCAGCAACUGGCAACGAAUUGACCUCUUUGACUUUCAGAGGGACAUUGAGGGCCGGGUGGUGGAGAAUAUCUCAAAGCGAUGUGGGGGGUUUCUCAGAAAGCUGAGCCUGCGGGGGUGCCUGGGUGUGGGUGACAGUGCCCUGAGGACUUUCUCACAGAACUGCAGGAACAUUGAGCUUCUCAGUCUGAAUGGCUGCACCAAGAUCACUGACAGCACGUGUAAUAGCCUCAGUAAGUUCUGCCCAAAGCUGAAGCACCUGGACCUUGCCUCCUGUACCUCAAUCACCAACCUGUCACUGAAAGCUCUCAGUGAGGGUUGUCCCCUGCUGGAGCAGCUCAACAUCUCUUGGUGUGAUCAGGUCACCAAGGAUGGCAUCCAGGCCCUGGUGCGCUCCUGCCCUGGACUCAAGGGCCUUUUCCUUAAAGGCUGCACACAGCUAGAAGAUGAGGCUCUGAAGCACAUUGGGGCUCACUGUCCCGAGCUGGUCACGCUCAACCUGCAGACGUGUUCACAGAUCACAGAUGAGGGCCUCAUCACAAUUUGCAGAGGCUGUCACCGCCUGCAGUCUCUGUGUGUGUCAGGCUGUGCCAACAUCACAGACGCCAUCCUUCACGCCCUGGGACAGAACUGCCCUCGCCUCAGAAUAUUAGAAGUAGCCCGCUGCUCCCAGCUUACAGAUGUGGGUUUCACUACAUUAGCAAGGAAUUGUCAUGAGCUUGAGAAAAUGGAUUUGGAAGAAUGCGUCCAGAUCACAGAUGGAACCCUCAUCCAGCUGUCUAUCCACUGCCCUCGUUUGCAAGUCCUAAGUCUAUCCCACUGUGAGCUGAUCACCGAUGAUGGCAUCAGACAUCUCGGCAGCGGCCCAUGCGCUCACGACCGUCUGGAGGUGAUCGAGCUGGACAACUGCCCCCUGAUCACAGACGCUUCGCUGGAGCACCUAAAGAACUGCCAUAGUCUGGAUCGCAUCGAGCUCUACGACUGCCAGCAGAUCACCCGCGCUGGUAUCAAGAGACUAAGGACCCAUCUGCCUAACAUCAAAGUGCACGCGUACUUCGCUCCCGUCACUCCGCCCCCCUCGGUCGGGGGCAGCCGUCAGAGGUUUUGCCGCUGCUGUGUCCUGCUAUGAUGUAAAGACAACAACCCCUCUUCCUCUGUCCCCAUGUCCCUCAUACACGGUCCCCGCAGCCCGUCACUUGACCCAUCACGAUCCGCUGUCCACCCCAAUGCCGGCCCCUUGUCAAAGAGUACAUGCUGGUGUGUCCCCUUUUGGAGCUGCAGAGAGAGGGAGAGAGCCAAACAACGCCACAGGGUCUUGGGUAACUCUCCCCAAAAACAUUCCCAACUCUCCCCACCACAAACACGCAUCCAACUGCCUUCUACACGAGCUGAUAUGCAGACACACCUGUACACAGAGAUUAACUCUCAGAAGAAUGUCAGAGCAUUCCUGGGCUGCGUUCAAUGGACAACAGUAUUACAAAGAGGGUUAUGUAAAAAUCAAUCUUGAUUUCCACCAUUAUUAAGUCACGCAGAACAGAAAUGUUAAAGAAUUACACAACAAGACCUUCACAUCAAAAAUAAUUGUCCAGUAUUUGCAAGCAGCCAGACUCUUCAGUUACUUAGCACUUUGAGACAAAUUACAGCGACAGCUUUCAAGCAGAAUAUUUAAGUAGGCUGAAAGAUCCCCACUUAACCCCUCGCACACAUUUCCCCCCUUCAGUGUCAAAGGUCAUUUAACCGCUACCUCUAGACGGGACCGGCACUUGAGUAAGACCUGUGUGAGUUUUGUUCUGCAGGCUGUUCAAUUUAAAAAAAACAAAAAAGGGGGGGGCAGCCUCCAAUAAAGCAGCCGAAAGCCUGUCGUGUGAUUUUAGAAAAUAUAUAUUUGCAGCUCUUUGCACUUACAGUAAAGCAAUUAUGAGACACUUUAAAAAAAAGACCACAAUCUCACCAUUGAAGACAUUUUAUUAACAACACAAAUCCAAAUCCUCACUUGAAUGCAUACACUGAGCUUGCCACACCUGUACCCUCGCCUCUCUCUGUUACAAUCAGAAGCUUCAAUAUAUUGAAGAGGGAAAAGAAAGACAGUUUUAAUAUUUUUCUAAAAAUGGACACCAAUUAAGACUCACAAGCGGGGACUUGAGAAGAUGCCAAAUGUUGCAUGUAACACCUCUAGUUUUUUAAAAUCUAAUUGUACAUAUAUGAGGACCGUGGGAGUCCGAGAGUCGAAGCCAGCUACACAACAGAUGAUCAUGUGAGAUGUUGAUGGGUCUUUCCGAGGUAACAAGGAAACUGAGAAAAUAUGUGCCGGAGUGUUAAAAAGGAGCCAAUACUCACCCUGGAGUUGGACAAAUGAGCAGAUGCUGACCCGUGAAAGCUCAUGUCAACGGCAGAAAAGUUUUAAAGACAGUCUUUUGACAGAGGAGGAAAAAAAGAAGACAUCACUACACGAAUUCAAACUGUCGGAACAGGACAAUGGAAAGAUAAAGCCAACCGAAAACAAUCAAAGUAUAUUUUCAUUUAGUUUGAUUUUUGUUUAUUUGCUCUCGUUUUUGCAUCGGCGAUGGUUCCUGUCGACGAGGAACUGGUGAACCACACGCAAGCGGUGAGAGGACGUGCCCCAGUGGCAGCGUGGCAUUAGCAACUCCUCAGCUCCCAUGAGGCCUUGCAGGGUACGUAGUGACAGUGUGUAACACCCUGCCACCUGUGACCCCCUUCCUUCCCCACCGUCUGUCUGGGACCGGUGACUCUGUCGGAGAUGACGACCAGAUCAGACCGGUGGAGUCACUGCGAGAGGAAGUGGACGGAAUUUUGAGCGCACAAUUCUGUCUUGCUGACAGAUAUGAUGGAAUAAUUUGUCACAACAGAGGGCUAUACUGAACUUGAGCCCCUGCCCUAUGAAGUAUUGAAGCCUUUUCUAAUGGAAUAUCUCCUCCUGCACUUGCACCUGCUUUACUCUGUCUCUCUUUUCUUCCCGUUUUCAUUUUAUAAACGUGUCUUUUUACUGCUUUUCUUUCCCUUUUCCUCUGGAUCUCUUACCCUUUUCUCUUUCUUUGCUAUUUUUCUGUUUUUGGUGUGGUUUGGAUUGCGCCUGCUUUGUGUUUGAAGUCACGAGUUCAGUGUCUCCAAGUUGAGUUUUUUUUUUUUCUUUUUUCGAGCCCCCUUCCAGUCCUCAGUUCUGAUCUGAGGGAGUUUGUGUUUUUAUUAAGAGUUUCUUGUUACUAAAUGUCCAGAGCGUAGCCUUUGUCCAGAGGAAGCGUUGGCACCAGUGCAAUUGUAAUAAAUGUUAAAUGUGAGUUGGAUAUUUUUAUGUGAAUCGAGGAGGGAGUUGAUGAUGACAUGUAUGUAUGUAUGAUGUAGCUUAUUGAAUGUUUCUAUCACAGAGAAGUCCUCAAGAUGGCUGUUCGGGCAUCCUGUGCCACUCUUGCAGAAACAGGUUUUUCUCCCAUAAGUGUGCUUUUCCUCUCCAGUUUUAUUUUUUUAUGGCUUGCUUUUCCAAAAACCGCCCUCCCAUAAUGCACCAUCCCCAAAAUACAUCAAUCAAGGUUUAAAUUGGUUAACCCACUGUGGAAUGUGGAUCGCUCUCAGAUGUCCCCGCUCUGGUUUGAAGGAUCCGUGCCAACAGGCAAGAACCUUGAAUAAUCAUUCUAUUCACUCGGUGAUUUGACAGCUACAACGGGACUGAUAAUACAAACUGAGAUGAAUCCGAUGUAAUCCAGUCUGAUCUGUUUUGUUUGAAUGGGGGUUUUACGGAAGGAUUAACAACAAAGAGUCAAAAUGGCGGAGGCAUCUAAUGCAGUUUGGGGUUAAGACAAUUGGAAAGAAAAAGUCACAGGAUUUAGGCUGAUGUAACACCUGCUCGCCCCGAUCAGGGUUCACUGUGUGUGGCACAAGCUGAGUCACCAGUGCAGCUGACAUGUGCUUUCAAGGCAAACACUUUGACUGGAUUACAGGUAAUAAUACUCAACCUGCCCCGGAUGGUUUUAUUUGUAAAAGGAACUAACCUGACUUCGGCCUCUUUGUGGUGCAAAAUACACUACGGCUCUGCAAAGCAAAAACCCCCGCACUGACUUUUCCUGACAUUAUCAAACACCUCUGUGUCCUUUCGUCACACUCUCACCAGUUUACACAGAGGACGGGCAUCCAUGCUCUGGAUCCAGAGGGCCGGAGAUUAAUCUACAGCGUGUGCUCGUGGUAGAUUGACAGCAGAGAAAUUUCAAAAACAAUUUUGACAAUGACUGUAGUUCAUAAAAUUACUGUAAAUCUUUUCCUUUUUUUUCUUUUUUUUUUUUCUUUUGUUUAAUUUUUUUCAUUUUUUUUUUUUUUUUUACAAUUAACCGAUAUAAAUGAAUAUGUACGUAUGAAUAAAUAUAUACCUAUAUUAUUAA